AUGUUUCGUCUUGUAACUAAUUUUCAACCAGAAGGAGACCAACCUAGUGCCAUUAGGAAACUAGUUGCUGGUAUUCACAAAGAGCAAAAAGAACAAGUAUUAUUAGGAGCAACUGGAACUGGAAAAACUUUUACCAUGGCUAAUAUUAUUCAGGAGACCCAAAAACCAACUUUAAUUCUAGUUCAUAAUAAAACACUCGCAAUGCAAAUUUAUCAAGAAAUGCAAGGAUUUUUUCCUCAUAACAAAGUUGAGUAUUAUGUUUCUUAUUUUGAUUAUUACCAACCGGAAGCCUACAAACCGGCUAGUGAUAUGUAUAUUGGCAAAAAAGUUCAGCGAAAUGCCAGCAUUGCCAAAAUGCGCUUAAAAACUCUGAAUUCUUUGGUUACUGACAGGCACGUAAUUGUAGUGGCCUCCGUGGCCGCCAUUUAUGGCUGUUUUAACCCCAUCUCUUACCGCAAAGUAGUUAUUCAUUUAGAAGAAGGACAAAAAAUAGAUAAGAAUUUGCUCCGAGAAAAAUUACUUCUCUUGGGAUAUAAGAAAGAUAAGAAAAUCAGUCCGGGAAGUUAUCAAAUAAAAGAAGAUGAAGACUAUGUAGGCGAAGAAGGGGAAGAAUUAGCCAAAAUUUUAGUCAGAAUUGAAAGAGAAUUGACCGAGCAAAAAGAAAAUUUCUACCAGGAAGGAAAGUUUUUAGAAGCCGAAAGGUUGGAAAAAAGAGUUCAAGAAGACUUAUUUAACCUGCGAGAAAUGGGCUUUUGCCCUGGCAUUGAAAACUAUUCUCGUUAUUUUGAUGGGAGAAAUCCCGAUGAGACCCCUUUUGUUUUACUGGACUACUUUCCAGAGAACUUUUUAACUAUCAUUGACGAAUCACACAUUACCAUUCCCCAAGUAAAAGCCAUGUAUAAUACUGACCGCCGACGCAAAGAAACCCUAGUAAAAUAUGGCUUUCGCCUACCUUCCGCCUUGGAUAAUCGACCACUCAGUCAAGAGGAAUUUUUUGACAAAAUUAAUUAUUCUCUUUAUGUUUCUGCCACUCCUGGCAAUUUUGAAUUAGAAAAAGUCAAUUAUCAACCAGUCGAGCAAAUUAUUCGUCCCACUGGCCUCUUGGACCCACAAAUAGAAGUAAGGACCACCCGCAACCAAAUUGCUGAUAUUAUGGACGAGAUAAGAGAAAAAAGUAGUCGCGGGGAAAAAGUUCUCAUUUAUGCUCUAACUAUUGUCAUGUCAGAAGACAUUGCUAGCUUUUUGCAAGAGAGAAAUAUUCGGGUUGUUUAUCUCCAUAGUCGAUUAGAAAUUUUUGAGCGAUAUCAAGCAAUUACUAGUUUGCGGCGCGGAGUUUAUGAUGUAAUUGUAGGAAUUAACCUGUUAAAAGAAGGAAUAGACCUGCCGGAAGUUUCUUUGGUCUGCAUUUUGGAUGCUGAUAAGCCCGGGUUUUUGCGGGACACUCGCUCGCUAAUUCAAAUAAUUGGUCGAGCCUCACGAAAUAGAAAUGGCAAGGUUAUUUUAUAUGCGGACGGAAUUACUAGUAAUAUGCAAGGCGCUAUCGAGGAAACUAAUCGUCGACGCCAAAUCCAAGAAGCACACAAUCUCCAUAAUAACAUUACUCCCCAAACAGUUGAAAAACCAGUCAAGGAUAUUGUGCUUGAUCCCUUAAUAGCCCUUUUAGUAGAAAAAGCCCAAAAAGGAGAAAUGGCUGAAAAAGAAUUAGAAAAAUUAGUUAAAGAUUUGCGGAGACGAAUGAAAAGGUCGACCAAAGAAUUCAAGUUUGACCAAGCCAUUGCCUUUCGCAAUGCCCUUUUGGAUUUGGAAAAAGUAGAAGGAGGUAAUAACUAA